UUUAGAUGUAUGAUACCUUACAUGAACUUAAAAGCUAGUCAUUGACAGACAGAUGAAGGUGCUAGGUAGAUGCCAUGUCAACCAUCUUCAUACCUAACCUACCUACUAGGUGCCAGGCGAUCCGUAGAACUCGCAAUCAGUAACGUUUCAUUCCCAUCAACGAUUGCUUCAUCUAUAUCUCUUCGUGUCUGUGAUGAUGGACAUAUCGGGGUAGAGCUGAUUCCUUAAGUAUUCCUUGCAGAGACUCAUCCCGGGCCUUGGUGGGGAACUUUGCUACUUAUUCAUGGAAAUAGAGUUUAAGUAGAGACAUGGUAGUUCUUAUACACGUGUGACGUCACCUAGUAUUCACGAAAUCUCGCCCCUCCCCGCCGUCGACGAAUUCCCCCCAAUGGAACGCGCCCAGGAUGCCCAAGAGCUCUCGGUUCUUUGCUGCUUAGCUCGGUAGGUAGGUAGCUAGCUAGCUGCUUCUUUUACAUAAAUCACAAUCCACCAAUUCAACACCGUACCAAACCAUCGUCUCACGAAUUCAACCAACAGAGUCUAAUCAUGAUUACUCUUCACCCAGCUAUCCCCUUUCAAGACUCUUGAGAAUAGCCCCCAAACGAACCUCGAAAUGGAUCCGUCGUUCGAAGAAGUCAUGGAGAGCUUGCGCACAAUGCAGGACCAAGCCAACGAAAAGCAUCGCGCCGCCAUGACUGAAGCCAACGUGCCUCUUGCCACCCUAGGAAGAGAGCAUUCUCGGGCCAUGGACGAGGCCGAUGCACGCCUCCUCGGUCUGUCGCACUUCGAUCAAGAAGUCGCUAUGAAUAGCGAGCGACUACGCACCCAUGUCAGCGAACACGAGCGUGAGAUGGCCGAUGCCGACCGUCGAUUGAGCAGCUUGAGCUCUAGCUCUGACAGUCAACGCCCCCGCGGCGGGAGUCAAUAGGAAAAGAAAGACAU